AGGUGAUGCAAUACUAUGCUGUAUUGUGUUAAGUGUUGGGUUUCUUUCUUGCAGGGUAAAAUUCUCUACAAAGUACGGUGGAAAGGAUAUACCUCCGAUGAUGAUACCUGGGAACCAGAGGUUCAUUUGGAAGACUGCAAAGAAGUGCUGCUUGAAUUCAGAAAAAAGAUUGUGGACAAUAAGCCUAAGCCUGUUAAAAAAGACAUACAGAAACUAUCUCUAAAUGAUGAUGUAUUUGAAGCAGAAUCUGACAGUGACUGGCAAAGUGAAACAAAAGAUGAUGUUUCACCAAAGAAGAAAAAGAAGAAGUCAAAAGAUGGAGAGGACAGAAGUCCAGAUGAUCUGAAGAAGAAAAAGUCGAAGUCUGCAAAACUGAAAGAAAAACGCAGAACAGAAUUUGAAAAUUCCUCAGAUACUUUGGUUUCAGAUUCAAAACCAAAAAAAAGGACUUCAGAAACCAAGGAGGAUUCAAAGGACCCGAAGAAACAAAGGAAAGAAGAUACUAAAGAAAUCAAGAAAAAGAAGGGAGACAUUAAAGAGUUAAAAAUAAAAUCUAAAGAAGAAAAUAGAAAAUCACGGAAGGAGAAGCAUGGAGAUGUUCAGUUUGACUCAGAAUCAAGUACUCUAGAUGAUGUAUUUUCUCAAGGAACUGAUAAUGAAAAUUCAGACUUAAAUUCUGAAAGUAAAGAUGAGAAGCAAAAGGUACUAAGUGGAGAAGAGAGGUUGGAACAAGAAAUUGCUGAAAAAGAUUCCAUUGCUGAUAGGUAUCUUGAUGGGUCAGGAAGUAAUGAAGAUGAUAGUAUUGAUAAUAAGGUUAAAAGAAAGAAGAAAAAAAUUCAGAAAGCUGAAGAUUAUAGAGAGGAAGGUAGAAAAGUGGAAACUCAAGAUACCUAUUUAGAGAAGAAAAGCAUGCACAAAAAGCAAAAAGGUCAAGAAAAAGUAAAAAUGGCACCUGGAGAGUUAGAGAAAGUGUCACCUGCUCCUUCACCAGUGCAGAAGGGUUUGAAAUUGAGCGCUGAUGAAAGAGGGCCCAAAUCCACGGAUUCACCUGGGGAGUGUCAGGAGAAAGAAGUAAAGAAAACUGAAACAAAAGAAAAAUCUCAAAAAAAAGAGUCUGAAAAAGAAGAAAAGAGCAGAAAAGAACAAAAGGGCCUAAAAAGCUUUAAGGACAUCAAAAGUGCAUUUGACUUGUUUAAUGUAGCUUCAGAAGAAAAAAGUGAAUAUUCUGAGAAUAACUGCAAAAGAGAAGAAUCUUCGCUAGAAUAUAAAUUCAUAGAAGAAUUAAAAUCAAAAGACAGCAAGGUGUACAAGGAAAGGAGGAACGUAAGAGAUGAAACAGACACAUGGACUUACAUUGCUGCAGAAGGUGAUCGAGAAGUAGUGGAUGUGUGUCAAAUGGCGAACUCUGAUGGCAAGCAACAAGUCUUGAGUUUGGGUAUGGACAUGCAGUUAGAAUGGCUGACACUGGAAGACUUUCAGAACCAUCUUGAUGGAGAAGAUGAGAAUCAUGUGUCAACAGAACCGAUAUCAAGUACUCUCCUGAGGGAUGCUGUUAAAAGUGGAGAUUACAUGACAGUAAAGAUGGCACUUUCUUCAAAUGAGGAAUAUAAUCUGGAUCAAGAGGACUCAACUGGAAUGACCCUAGUAAUGCUUGCUGCUGCUGGUGGGCACGAUGACCUCCUCCGGGUCCUAAUCAGGAAAGGAGCUAAAGUUAAUGGUAGACAGAAAAAUGGAACAACUGCAUUGAUACAGGCAGCUGAAAAGAAUUUUCUAACAACAGUAGCUAUUCUUCUGGAAGCUGGGGCAUAUGUGAACAUGCAGCAGAGCAGUGGUGAAACUGCUUUAAUGAAGGCUUGUAAAAGAGGGAAUUCUGAUAUAGUACGGCUUAUGAUUGAAAGCGGAGCAGACUGCAACAUUUUGUCAAAGCAUCAGAACAGUGCGCUGCAUUUUGCUAAACAAUGUAAUAACGUACUGGUGUAUGAGCAGCUCAAGAGUCAUUUGGAAACGCUCUCAAGAGUAGCAGAAGAUACCAUCAGGGAUUAUUUUGAAGCUCGUCUUGCUUUGCUGGAACCAGUCUUUCCAAUCGCGUGUCAUCGUCUCUGUGAAGGGCCAGACUUUUCUACGGAUUUUAACUAUAAACCCCCCCAAAAUGUGCCAGAAGGAUCUGGAAUUCUUCUCUUUGUUUUCCACGCAAAUUUCUUUGGUAAAGAAGUCGUUGCUCGGCUCUGCGGACCAUGCAGCGUACAAGCUGUGGUUUUAAACGACAAAUUCCAGCUCCCUGUAUUUUUGGAUAGUCACUUUAUUUAUUCCUUCAGCCCUACUGCAGGCCUUAACAAGCUUUUUAUACGGUUAGCAGAAGCUCCUACUGCCAAGGUGAAGCUGCUCAUAGGCGCGUACCGAGUGCAGUUGCAGUGACCUCAGCUGUGAGCACGUUCAGUGGACUGAUGCUUUUUUGGACAUACUUCUGAUUUCCUCUCUUUAGAGACUGACGAAGCAGUUUGGAACUUUUUGGCACCACGCUCCUAAGACUUAAGUUCCCAUCUCGCUGUCGCUUGUUGGCAGUCACAUAGGAAAGGGGGUGUUGGAGAGCAGUCGCAUUCGCUGCGCUGGUGGGACAGGGUUGUCAGCUUUUUUUACUCUGUACAGAUGUAGAUGUAAGUAUUUGUGCCAAUACAUAUAAUUCUGUUUUUCUUUAA